CGCCGGCUCCCCUCCUCCCUCCUCCUCCUCCACCUCCUCCUGCUCGUGACUCCUGUCGAUGGUGUUGCAGAGAAAGAGGUGUCAAGAAUCAUUUCUUGAACGAAACGGAGAAGCAAACCAUGGAACCCACCGACUGCGUGACGUCACACUCGAGACGAAACCCAGAUCGCUCGGUGGAGGGUCCGUGAGGACGGAUGUUCAGAGGAGGCUCAUUUGGGAUCAUUGCAUCUGUAAAGCUAUUGGCAAGUGUCAUACUCCAUACUUGAAAAACUCAUUGAAGAAGCACAUGUUCGAAAUUGAGUCUAAUCGUGAUAAUAUGCUAGAUGAAUUGUAUGAACUGUACACCGAGUUCAUGACUUCUUUAAAGGAUGACAAUAUAAUCAAAGGGAAUGUGAGGGCUUUGAAAUAUAUUUCUUCUCUUUUCCCAGAUGAUGCAAGUUGUGAGGAUGCAAUGGUGAGGAAAAUGGUGGUUCCACUGCAUUGUUCGCUCAACAUGCUUGAAGAAGAUACAGGGUUGGCUCAGGGGUUGGCUUAGUUGGUAUCUAUCUCUCCCACAUGAAAGCUUCCAAUCUACUGUCCUUGAGCUCUAAGGUAAUAUUAAGUGAUGGUGACCUAUCAACCUUAAGCAACAUGAAGCUUAAUUUGAAGAUGAAUCAAAUGAGCACAGAAGAUGAUGAGCCAGUGACUUUGGAAUGUUUAGAUUCUGUAAAAUGUUUACACCUGCCUUGGGAAUGUGCAUCUGAGAGUGUACUUCAGGGAUUGAAACCGGAUAUAAUCUUGCGAUAGUGCAUCAAAUGCUGGUCCCACUGAGCAUCCGAUGGCUUACAUUUCCUCCAUCAUCCGCAA